CCCGGCAGUGGGGUGGGUGGCUCUGCGCCGGCGGCUGCCCCGGACGCCGGCUCAGCGCCCCUCCCACCCCCCCGGCUGCUGGACGGGGCCGCUUGGUCUGACAUGAGGCCGUGAGCCUGCACCGCUGCCGGCUGAGACACACGAGGAGGAAGUGGCUAGUUCCAUUAUGUGUGCGUCAGCCAAAUAUAACACCCGGGGUCCAGCCCUCAUCCCAAGAAUGAAGACCAAGCACCGCAUCUACUACAUCACACUCUUUUCCAUUGUCCUGCUUGGCCUUAUUGCCACGGGUAUGUUCCAGUUCUGGCCACACUCCAUUGAGUCAUCCAGUGAUUGGACAGUGGAAAAGCGCAGUGUCCAUGAUGUGCCUGUAGUCAAGCUUCCUGCUGACAGCCCCAUCCCAGAACGAGGAGACCUCAGCUGUAGGAUGCACACCUGCUUUGAUGUCUAUCGCUGUGGCUUCAACCCCAAAAACAAGAUCAAGGUCUAUAUAUAUUCACUGAAGAAAUAUGAGGAUGAGUAUGAGAUGCUGGUUAGCAACACUAUCUCUCGGGAGUACAAUGAGCUGCUGACUGCUAUCUCUGACAGUGACUUCUACACAGAUGAUGUCAACCGGGCCUGCCUCUUUGUGCCGUCCAUAGAUGUGCUGAACCAGAACACGCUCCGCAUCAAGGAAACUGCUCAAGCCUUGGCACAAUUAUCCAGGUGGGAUCGAGGCACAAACCACCUGCUGUUCAACAUGCUGCCUGGGGGGCCACCUGACUACAACACAGCACUGGAUGUUCCCAGAGAUAGAGCCCUGUUGGCUGGAGGAGGCUUCUCCACGUGGACUUACCGGCAAGGCUAUGAUGUCAGUAUUCCUGUUUAUAGCCCUCUGUCUGCAGAGAUGGAGCUGCCAGAGAGGGGACCAGGUCCUCGUAGGUACUUCAUCCUGUCAUCCCAAAUGGCUCUUCACCCAGAAUAUCGUUCUGACUUGGAGGCUCUUCAGGCUGAGAACGGAGAGUCUGUGCUGAUCCUGGACAAGUGCACAAAUCUGUCAGAGGGAGUUCCUUCUGUUCGUAAACGUUGCCACAAGAACCAGGUCUUUGAUUACCCUCAGGUGCUUCAGGAAGCCACAUUCUGCAUCGUUCUGCGUGGUGCUCGCCUGGGACAAGCUGUGCUAAGUGAUGUACUUCAGGCUGGCUGUGUCCCUGUUGUUAUUGCUGACUCCUAUGUUUUGCCUUUCUCUGAAGUUCUGGACUGGAAGAGAGCCUCUGUUGUGAUACCUGAAGAAAAAAUGCCUGAAAUGUACAGCAUUCUGCAAAGCAUUCCUCAGCGGCAGAUUGAGGAGAUGCAGAGACAGGCAAGGUGGUUCUGGGAAGCGUAUUUUCGGUCGAUGAAAGCUAUUGCUCUGGCCACCCUUCAGAUUAUCAAUGACAGGAUCUACCCAUAUGCUGCCAUGUCUUACGAAGAAUGGAAUGAUCCCCCAGCUGUUAAAUGGAGCAGUGUGAGCAACCCACUCUUCCUUCCAUUAAUCCCACCACAGUCUCAAGGCUUCACUGCUAUAGUCCUGACGUAUGACAGGGUGGAAAGCCUCUUCCGAGUCAUCACCGAGGUGUCCAAGGUGCCCAGUCUAUCCAAGCUGUUAGUCGUCUGGAACAAUCAGAAUAAGAAUCCACCAGAAGACUCUCUAUGGCCAAAGAUUCGGGUUCCACUGAAGGUUGUGAAGACCACAGAAAACAAGCUUAGUAACCGCUUCUUCCCCUAUGAUGAGAUUGAAACGGAGGCAGUCUUGGCCAUUGAUGAUGAUAUCAUCAUGUUGACCUCUGAUGAACUGCAGUUUGGUUAUGAAGUUUGGCGGGAGUUUCCCGACAGGCUGGUUGGGUAUCCAGGUCGCCUGCAUCUGUGGGACCAUGAGAUGAACAAAUGGAAGUAUGAAUCAGAGUGGACCAAUGAAGUCUCCAUGGUGCUUACUGGAGCAGCUUUUUAUCACAAGUAUUUUAACUACCUUUACACCUACAAAAUGCCUGGAGACAUCAAGAACUGGGUGGACGCCCACAUGAAUUGUGAAGAUAUCGCCAUGAAUUUUCUAGUGGCAAAUGUUACUGGCAAAGCGGUUAUUAAGGUGACCCCACGAAAGAAGUUUAAAUGUCCAGAGUGCACAGCCAUAGAUGGAUUGUCGCUGGACCAGACACACAUGGUGGAAAGGUCCGAAUGCAUCAAUAAGUUUGCCUCUGUCUUUGGGACCAUGCCCCUGAAAGUGGUGGAGCAUCGUGCUGAUCCUGUCCUGUACAAAGAUGACUUCCCUGAGAAACUGAAGAGCUUCCCCAACAUUGGCAGUUUGUAAAAGGCAGCUCGGAGGCAAACUUGAGUAUAAAAACCAAUGAGAGAAAGAAGAUGACCAGUGCCAAGAUGAGCCUUAGGCCUUGAAGGAAAAUGCCAUCGUGUGGGUUAUAACUGAGGGGAAGAGGAUUAAUGCCAGGUUCUGAUAUAUUAAUCCGUCCUUCACAAUACACAGAACAGUAAUGCAGAGCACUGCAGCUAUUUCUAUAUUACACACACACAGGACAGGCUCUAUGCUUGGGUCUACUGAAAAUGCCAAACAUUUUUUUCCAGUGGAGGCUGCUUAUAUAGAAGAAUAAAGCAGAAUCUUGCUGUGUUAAGGGGCGCCUUGCAUGACUCCCCCAUUCUGUUAAAUACAUUCUUUUGGUUUGAUGCAACUACCAGUAUAAAUGCCAACUGCCUUCAAUAUUGGCUA